CUUAUAAAAGAAAACCACCAUCAACGACAACUUCUUUCAGCAGCUUUGGAUCAAGUCGCUCAGUUUUUUGUUGAAAAUAAUAGAUUAUAUAAUGAACUAAAUAACCUUUCUUCUCGUUUUUCAUAUCGCAGACAUAGAUACAGAGAACUAAAAACAACUUACAACAACCUUCAAUUCCAGUAUAACUAUAUGCGCUCUGAGGUUGACCGUCUUCAAAAUCUUCCAGACGCCCGACGAGUUCAGAAUCUGCAAAGAAAUGCAAAACAGUUGCGUUCAAAUUUUAAUCGAUUACUAGUACAACUUCAGCAAAGGAGCAAGAAUGAGGGAUGUCGUAGGCAUUAUGCUUGUCCUUGA